AUACAUUUUGGGGCAUGUAUUCUGUAAUCUGUAAUGGAAUACAUUUUCAAAGUAACCUUCCCAACACUGACUGUGGAGGCCCUUUAAGCACAGUAAACUGACUGUUCAAUGCUCAAUGUUCAAGAAUACAAUUUGGGAUGAUUUGAGAUUUGUGACAUGGUGAGCCUCCCUACUGGAAGCUGCCAUUGGAUGAUGGGUAAACUGUGGUUAUAAAUGGAUGGGCAUGAUAAGCAUUGCCAAUGUCAGGUAGGCUGUGGUGUUUAAAUUAUGCUUGGUUGGUACUAAGAAGCCCAAAGUGUGAUAAGAAACAUAAAAUUACACCACCAACAACAGCCCAAAGCAUUGUUAAAUGGCAGGAUGGAUUCAAAUUCUGACCCUGUCAUAUGAAUGUUGCAGCAGAAAUCAAGACUCAUCAGAACAGGCAGUAUUUUUCCAUUCUUCAGUUGUCCAAUUCUGGCGAGCCUGUCUAAAUUAUAGCUCCAAUUUCCUGUUCUUAGCUGACAGGAAUGAUACCCAGUGUGGUCUUCUGCUGCUGUAGCCCAACUGCUUCAAGGUUCAACAUGCUGCACCUUCAGAGAUGCUCUUUUGCGUACCAAAUAUGGUCUGGUGGGAAAAUCCCAGCAGGUCAGCAGCCUGUCAUUUCUAAUAUGCUUAAAUCUUAUUUUUAAAUUUUGAAUUUUCUAAUUCUAAUUUCACCUAUCCAUCUGGUUAAUACCUAACAGCCUUUGGACAGGUUGACAUUAAAUUUUGCCCACUAGUCUGUAGAACUGUAUGUUUUCAUUCUGACAACAGUGAACAGGAAUGAAUUCUUCAUCAGAUAUAUGGCAGGGACCUUUCUGCUUUUUGUGAUUGAAAUACUGGUGUUAUAUAUAAAUCAAAAGAGCACCAAACUUAAACUUGUUUAUAUUAACAAUUCCAUUCAUUUUAAAUUGUCAUUCACAAUCAGAAUGUUUUUAUGACACAUUUGAACUAGUCAGAGCCCAGAUCUUAACCAAACUAACUAUACUUCUGAAUGAUUUCAUGUGACCAGUUCAUACCGGAUAUCUAUCAAAGAUGGAUAAACUGACUUUAUCCUGAAUGGUCCUGAAUUCUUUCAGACUGUUGUGCAGGUCAGUGAUACAGCUAGCAUACCACCAAAUGAUUACUUGUGGUUUUUGCUGCCACUCCAGGUAUAACCAGCUAUUAAAUCCAAAGGCCAGUAGACAAAAAGCUCAAGACAGAGUAUAUUUUAGCUCUCUGCCUUCGAAUCUCACAGACACCUUUAAUGAAGAUAGACCUGAAGCAAAAGUACAUCACUGGGACUGGUUGAAUAGCUUUGAAACAAGCACCUUUCUGUUUGACAGAAACAGGCAGUGAUUAAAGAUGAGAAGGUAGGUGUGGAAGUGUAGGUGGUGCACCUGCAGCAAGAAAAGGAGGUUUUCUUUUCAGGUGGGAGACAAAAGAGUCAGAGAUGUGAGAACUACUUAAGAUGCGGUGGAGACAGAAAGCAUGUCGGUGCAUGCCUGUGUUCCAUCAGGAAUGAUACCACCGAAGAGUAAGUAUCUAGUUUUCAUUCUUUCAAGAGAUCCACCUGCCACAGUAUGAGACGUGUAAUUGGUCCCAGCACAGCAAGGAGCAAAAACGCAAACGGGGUGUGACGUUAACAAAAUACCUUUCUCCUAACUGUCAUCUUUAUUGCCACAAGGAUUUGGAGACUCCAGCUCAGAAUUAAAUCAAAACAUAUAAUUUGAAGUGACGUGAAGAUGUCAGAGCACAAUAAAGCUUGUCGUCUUUUAUCCACACCUGGAAAAUUAUUGUGUUUAUCAGUCCUUUUCUUUCAAACAGUGGCACUAAAGAUAAGUGAAUUGUAUUCUGUAGCUUUAAAUUUACUCCUCUAAGAUAACUAUUUAAGCUUAAAUGCUGUCAGUAGGGAAGGGACUUAAAUCUCCAUAAAUCUGAAAUAGCAGGAUGACUUAUGGACCUGGGUUUUAGUAGAGCAUAUCUAAGAAUGUGAGGUUGUUUUCUCAGUCAUAGCUAAUGGGCAAACAUUUGAUGCUGCUCUCUCACUAUGAUUUACAGAUGGAUUUUGGUGGGAUUUACUGUAACGGAGAACCCACGUCUGUGACGUCUAAAACAACCUGUUAUGACAUUUACUAAAAGCUAAUAUUAUAAAAAAAAAUUUCAGCAACUUCUAGUUUUUGUUUGAAUUUCAGGAUAGUUCCAAUGAUGUAAGGCCGUUACAUCUGUUGAAGUCACCUUAAAACGCACAACAUAUGAUCAAAAUAAGCAGUGAAGAACCUGACAGCAUAUCAGGCAAAACAACUUGUUGGUUUUUUAUAUUAUAUAUUAAUAUUCAUAUGAUACAAAAUGUUGUCUUCAGAAAUUAAUAUAUAAAAAAUAUAUAUAUAAUGCAUUGCCUUUUUCAUUACGAUAAAUUUCUGACACCAUUUGAUCAUGAAAGUUCAUUCUUAAAUGGAAAAAAAAAACUUAAAAUAAGGUUGAGUUAUAGAUUUCUUCACAGUUUGCAAAGAAAUUGUGUUGUCUUUAAAAAGGACUAAAGCAAAAAUAUUAUGUCAAACCACAGUAUCCAUUUAUUUUUCUCUGAAAAUGAUAAAUGACUGCCUUGCACUAUAACAACAUGUGAGUGGAACUUUUUCUGAUUUGAAUAGUCAUAUUUUAUCUGAAGUGUAACCUAUAGCAUUGCUUUGCUGCUUUGACAAAAUAAACCAUUGCUUUACAUCACUGAGGCAUAAUGGUUUCCAAAUGCUACAUUUACAUCAAUGGUGUCACGGCAUCUUCUGCAGGAUGUAAUAAUUUUGAGAAGCUGUGCUUCAGUGGAGGUGAAAGAACUAAUGUAGCGAUUUAUAUGUAAUUGGCCUGUAUCAUUUUUUGUAUCAUAAUUGUUAUCCAACUGUGAUAUUAUCCAAUGCCUGAAAAAAGACAGUCAUCUGCGGUUCUUUCUAGAAAGUAUGCUUUAAACAGUGUAAACACAUACACUUGUAAUUUUAUAACUUAUACAGGUGUUCUUGAUAUAGCACUUACUCACUACAGGAUCUAAGCAUGUUAUUGUAUCCUAAAUCAUAACUGAAAAUGCAGAGGCAGUAAUGACUUUGGAUACAAUAAGAUCCUCUUACAUCUCACAGUGAAAGGCAUCCUCUACAUGUUUAGGGGUAGGAUUUUCUUCCCUCUGCUUUUGAAAUUGCUUCCUUCGUCUCUUCCAGUAUGCUGCUUUUAUUUUGUGCUCUAUAUGUAUUCCUCUUUUAAUUUCACAAAGGAGAUCAAAUUAGCUACUUCUACUUCUAAAAGAAUCUUUAGCUCCUCACCGUCUAUCCCUCCUUACAACUCGUACCUAUUUGUUUCCCGACUGUCAUGGGGGAAAAAAAGCAAAACAUAUAAACGUCACCUGCCAUAACAGAGACAAGGGGGCGUAAUUGAUUUUAAAACUGUGUCUGCAUUUUAGAAAUCAGAUUAUUUGGUAUAUGUAUUAUAUAUGUUGAACUGACAUGUUAUUUUUUUUUUUUUUGUAAUGUUAAUCGUUUUGUUGAGAUUAAACUGUGUGCAGCUGAGGUAUUUUUUGAAGAACUACAGUAUAUAACUUUAGGAUUACAGACAAAUGUCUCCAGCAAGUGGUAAAGCUUUGCUAUUACACUAUGGACUGUAAUGACUCUCUUUGCCUUGUAAACCAACCUUGUGCACGAAGUUAAGCGGUCUAUUGGCCGAUCGUUGCAUCCAGCUCAUUUUUGAUUGGUUACUUGAAAACCCCAACAACCAGCAAGGUUUUGUGAGCUGCUUCGCUUUCGUCUAGAUCUGUGAUGGUUUCACUCUGACAAUCAACAGACUUAUAGCGACAAAUCCAUGUUGUGCUCAACUCUACCACACAUUCAUUUUAAAUGUGGCGGUUUGCAUCAAUGCUGAAGUGACGACGUGGGAGGCGCAGUAACGAGCCAGUUGAAGCUACAUACAUAUUUUUUUACAAUAACUUAUUUUGAAGUGAUAAUACAUACAGUAGUAUAGCAGUAUUACACAACUGCGGUACAAAAAAAUAGGUUUAGGCAAUUUUGCACAGUAGCAAAUUGGAAAACCUCAGCUACGUAUCAAUUGUACAGUCAGUUACCAUGGCAACAGCUCUUAAUCUCAAACGCUAGCUAAACGCAUGAUUAAAAAAAAAAACCCGGCGACCUCAGCUAACGCUAUCUACGACAGAUUCUCUGCUUUAUCGUAAUCUCGUAAAAAAGCAGCUUACUCACGAUACCUUAUCGUUAAAGGAAUCCUCUGUGUAAGGUAUGAUUUAAAGAAUGUCAUUAGCAUGACAGCUAAGUUCUGCUGUCAUCCAACACCGUGGUACUCGGUGUUGCGUAUUGCCUUCUGACAUAUGCACUCGAUUAUUAUAGAGUAAACGUGCGAAAGCCACCUAAUUCUGUAUAGCGGUGGUUGCAUUAUACCUUAUAAUAAGCGACGCUGUAGUGCUUAGUACUGUUUCAAGGGCUUCUAAUCCGCUUUGAACGUCUUAUUUUAGGGAUGGGAGAGUCGGCUGUGGUUGACCUCCAGAUGAGUGGCAGGUAGCGACAGGUGCUAAAGUAAUGUUUUGGUGCCAUAUACAAUGAAGAAGAUAUUCAGCUUCACUAAGAAGAAAAAACACCCGUCCGACACUCCAGACAGUGCAAGCAGGCUUUCUGUUGGCUAUGAACUGAAAGACAAGGACCUCGGGAAGGUUCACAAGGCUGCCUUAGCGGGUGAUUUGGCAAAGCUGAAGCAGUUGGCUAAGAAGAAUGAUGUCAAUCAACUUGACAAGGAGAACAGAACUGCACUGCAUAUUGCCUGUGCUAGUGGUCAUGUCGAGGUGGUACACUUCCUCGUUGAGAGCAAAGCCAAGCUUAACCUAUGUGACAAUCAAAAUAGAUCCGCCUUAAUGAAGGCAGUGCAGGGCCAGCAUGACAACUGUGUGAGCAUACUGCUGGAAAAUCAUGCUGACCCUAAUCUGAUGGACAUCAAUGGCAAUACGGCACUACAUUUAGCGGCAAACAUCCCAUCUGUCCCCACUGCUGUCCUGCUGCUGCAACAUGGGGCUCAAAUCAAUUCCCAGAACAAGGAGGGUUUCACGCCUUUGAUGGUAGCAGUGCGAGAGAACCAUGUUGAGAUGGCUCAGUUUCUCCUCAAGGAGACUGCUGAUGUGAAUUCUGUGGAUCAAGAUCAAAGGUCCCCAUUAAUGAUAGCUGCUGGAAAUGGAGAAGUCUGUAUGGUAAAGCUGCUCCUGCAGUUUGAUGCAGAUACCACACUAAAGGAUACCAAAGGAUGUUCAGCUGAUAACUAUGCAGGAAUAAAUGGGCAUCACUCUUGUUCCCACCUGAUCAUAGAGCAUGAUACCCAGCGUACAGACAGGGCCUCCCUAUCACAUCAAGAUCUGAGCAAGAAGAAGAAAAAAAUGCUGAGCACUCCUUCCCAAGAUCUUGAAGCAGGCUUCUCUUUGGGAGGACCAGCCACUGACAGAGAUGAGCAUGGAGCAGAUGAAGCAGGGAGAGAUUUUGAAGACAAUUCUCAGUCAGAGUCACUAAGUCGCGUUUCAAAAAGGGCUGCAGAUGAUUGGCCAUCAUCAGAUGAUGAUGAUGAAUCUGUUUUAAUUGAAAAGAAACCUCUGAAAGUUGACCUCAGCAAAAUGAUUGCAUCUAAAAGGGGAGAAGCUUCGGCACUAGCUGACACAUCGUUGAGUGGCUCAGACUCUGAGCCAGAAAGUGAAAAUAGAGUUCAGAGAAUCCCAUCCCUCCCAAAGGCUUUCUCAUCCAGCAAAAGUCUUCAGGAUCCAGUAGAUCCCACUCCCAUUACCUUCCUUACCAGUGCAUCCCAGAUGACUUCCACUCCGCUUCCACACUACAGAAAGAAGGAAGAUUCCACUGAGGAUGAAGAUGAGGAAGAGGAUGAUAAUGACAAAGAGGGGGAACAAGAUGAGGAGGAAGAAGGAGAUGAAUCAGCUGAGAAUGAUCAGCUUGAAGAAAGUGGAGAGUCUUGUGACGCCAAUUCGCCUGCUCCCGAGGCCGAAGUUUCUAAGGAGAAGAAGAGGGAUUUCCUGUCUGAGCUGGGUCUAGAGGGGGGUGAGGAUGACCAGAGUUCAUGGAGCUCUGAGUCCCACUCGGAAAACCUGAAUAUCGACGAGCAGAAACGAGGAUUAAAUAGUCAGAAUGAAGGAGAGAAAGAAGAGAGUAAAAAGAACUUGUUAUAUGUUCCCUCAUUUGUAAGAGGGGAUAGAGGCAAUAAGAUGGCAGUGCUAGAGCCUCGGAGGAGUGUAGGCAGGCCAAGAGUCAGCCAGGGAGGGGUUGCCAGCAGCAGUAAUGAUGAUCUUGAAGGUGAACUUGCUGAUCAAUACAAUAAAGUACAGAAAGAGACCGAGAGGGUAAAAUGGGAACCACUUAAUGUUUUGAGCAAGCUUGAAGGCGAUGUCAGCCGAAAGACAGAUGUAAUGGAAGAGCUUGGUCUGGGUGAUGUUGAUGAUCUGGAAGAUGCAUCGGACUGGGACUCAGCCAGUACUGCCAGUAUGGGAGCCCUGUCUGGUCACAGGGUGGCGUCCCCUGUAGUUAAGAAAAUACCAGAGUGCUCCAGUUCAUCUGAUAAGGACCAGGAAAAAGAUGAUGUUACCACAGCAACACUGACGCAUCAGAAGAGCAUCAGCCCAGACAAGACACUGCCCAUCACACACUCUCAAUCUGUUCCCCAGCCCCAACCUCGUACACGGAAGACGGUCCCUCAGAAACUAGAGAGUGAAGAAGAAUCUGAUUGGGAAACCGAAAACAUAACAUCUUGCAAAACAGCUCAAAAUGACAAUCCGCUACAAAAUAUGGCUGAGCCUCAAGCAACAGUUAAACCAAGGUCCGCUGACCCCUCACUGAUGGAGAAAGACAGUGAAAUCAUCACAGAAUUUGAAGAGCAGCAACAAAAGGAGAAAGAUGAUGCAGUAGAUAGAAGUGAGUUAGAUCUAAAUAAAUCUGACAAUGGAAAAAAGGAUAACGAGUUUAGAGAUCUUUGCAGUCCUGGAGAAAGCGGUGGCGUGCCAUGGGAAAAACGUUAUGAGAAGCUCUGGGUAGAGGUGGAGAAAAGAGAGGUAAAGUCCACCUUCAAGAGUGUCGCUGGUGAAUUAAAAGAAAAAUUUGGAGAACUGUUUAAAUCAAGACAUGACAUCACAGAAGAACAGGUCACAGCUGGAUCCGCCUCUGCAGAAGAAGAUUCAAGUGAUGAAGAAGAUGGGGAAGUCAUUGAGCGUCCUACUGCGAGAGCAAAAAGCACUGCCCUUCUCACCAUACCUGAGCAGAGAGAGUCUGGACCAGAGGACUCUGCAGCUGAAUCGAAUGCAAACUCCUUAUGCGAGGACAGGAUGCAGGAGCAACCAGCUUGUGAUGGCACCGUCACAAGCCGUGCUGAUCUAAGUCAAACCGAGGAGAAUACUGCAAGUUCAGAAGACGAUCCCAACGAGUUUGCUAUAUGUCAGCCUCCCUUCAGAAGUUCAGCACCUGUUCCCGGUGUUUCUGAUGAAGAGUUGGAAGAGGACAUGGAAAGUUUUAAACUUGAGGUAGGGAUGCUGAAGGUUGUCUUCCUCGAUAUGGAGAAAGAAAAAGCCCAACUUCAGAAAGAGAUUGGAAAAGGGAGAACAGAAAUCGAGGUUGAGGUACAAAAAUCAAGUACUUCCCAGGUUACUAGUGGAAUAGCAUUGGAGGAAACUGGUAUGGGGAAACCUGAGACCAGCUUAGGAUGCCUGUCAAAUCAAGCUGAAGCACUUGACCAGGAGCAGCAGCCCGAGGCCGCCAUGAGCACCAACAGGGCUCCAGUGCAAUUGCAUCUCCCAGUCCAGCAAACCUGCAUUAGCAACAAACAAGAGAAGCAAGCUGUAGUGGAGACUUUACAGUCAGAGUUGGUCCGAGGGGCCCAGGGCAGCAGAGCCCCUCAGACCAACACACAUAUUAAUGGAGGUCCUCUCUGUGUGUUUGACGAUGGCACUUUAAGUGAAGUGUCGGAUGAUGAAGGAAGUUUGGCAGCAAGUGGACCAAAGAAGGAUAAGGACCGUGAGGAGGUGGGAAUGGCAGAAGAUUUUGAUGAACUCACUCAGUCCUCAGACACAGCCACAGAUGAUGCUGAUUCACCUGCUACAGGCUACAGUCACGCCUCCCUCCUCAUUAAGAAACUGGACUCAGCAACUUUGGACUCAACAUGUGUAGUGAAGCUGCAGAACAUUUUCCAUGAAUAUGAGCGCUCCAUCAAGAAGGCAAAGGAUCGGCAUAGGUACUUGACUGAUAAAGUGGCCCUGCUGGAAACAGAGAGGCGAGACUUGAAGAGCUCAUUGGAGGACAUUAAAGAUGCCAAGUCUGCCAUGGAGCGGGUCCAGUUGGAAUUACAGACUGAAGUUACAAAUCUCAAAUUUCAGCUGAAACAAGAACGGGAGAAUCACCGCCACACCACCAUGAAGUACAGUACCGCUGCCGAUAAGAUGAGGAGGAUGGAUGAGGAACAUCAGAAAGAAAUUCAGGAAAUGCAGAAGGUGCACAUGAACCUCGAGCUAGAGAUUAAAAGACUUGUUAACAACAUGAAACAGCUUGAACAGGCCCACAAUGAGACGCAGAGACUGCUGGCUCAGGAGCGCAGUGCACGCACCCUUCAGGAGAAUCUUCUGAGCAGCCAUCUGAGGAAGCACCAAGAGACAGAAGAGGAAAACAAAAGAAACAUGAUCAAAAGCAGUGAAGUUUUAUCUCAGCUCACAGAAGCCAGUGACAGGGAGCGAGAGCUACUGCAGCAGACCGCUUCCUUACAGGAGCAGCUCACCAUCCUGAGGACAGACUCUGAGCGUUUGCAGACUCAAAGCAGUCUGAACGAGAGCCACCUUAUAGAGGCGAGGGAGAUACUGAAAGAAGAGCUCGAAGAGGUACGGCGGGAAUCCCAGCUUAACAAUGAAACCAUGGCCCAAGUUGUGUUCAACUACAAAAACCAGGUUACGACCCUUAAAUCUGAACUGGCAAUAACAACGACCCGUCUGGAAAACGAACGUCAGAUUCGCGAUAAACUGGAGGAGGAGGUUGAAUUGACUCGCACUCGUCUGGCUGGGGCUGUAAAGGAUGCCGAGCAUUGUCUCGCAUCUAAGUCAGAAACCGAGAAGGCUCUGCUCCGGGAGAAAGAGGAACAUCAGCGUCUCAAAGACAGACUCGCAGGUGAAGCAGCCAGUCAGCGUGAGGAAGUCAGCACCCUGUCCCAGAAGCUGGCCAAGGCAGAGUCCCACGCAAACAGCAUGGAAAAUGAAGUUCACCGUACCACCAUGCAGCUGACGGAGAAGGGCGUCCUGCUGGAAGUGCUACAGCGCGAAAAGGACCAGGCAGUCGCUCAUGUCAAGGAGCUAGAAAAGGCUCUGCAGACUCACAGGGAGGAGGUCAGCUGUAACAAAGCAUGUCAAGAGGCCACAAAAGAGCGGCUAGUUCAAGCACAGAGCGAGGCCAUGUUACUAAGGCAACAGCUGGAAGAGGCCCAAAACAAAGGCGCUGCAAAGGAGCGUGCUGUGACAGAUGCCCAAGAGCGCUUCAGUGACAUUUUGUCCAAGCUGCGCUCUGACUGUGAAGAGAGGGUACAGUUACUGGAGGACAGAAAUAAGGAGCUCGCCAGUAAGGCGGUGGAUCUCCGCGACCAGGUCUACAAGUUGGAGGAAGACAAGAAUGAAAGAGAGACUAGUCUGAGGCAGCUGCAGCAGGAACUCGCCGACUCACUCAAAAAGUUGUCAAUGAGCGAAGCCUCUCUGGAGGUCAACACGCGCUAUCGCAAUGACCUGGAGGAAGAGAAGACUCGGCUCCUCAAAGACCUGGACAGACUCAAAGGAAAGCUGGAGGAAAGUGAGGAUGAGUAUGUGCAGUCAGAGAGACGUAUUAACAGCCUGAAGAGCACUUUGGAAGAAAGGGAAAAGGAACUCUCCACUGCUGCUCAGAAACUCCAGGAGGCGCUGUCUACCUCAGCUGCUUCUGACACCACGAUCAAACAGCUGGAGGAUGCUGUGCAGAGGCUGGAGAUUGAGAAUGCCAGACUAGAAGCUGCUGCGAAGCAACAGUCCAACAAAAUUGAUGCACUGCAGAAAGGAGCUCAGGAAGCUGCCGCGCUAUCUGGCUGCUCACCUGGAGGAGGGGUUCGAAGUCACUUGGAGGACAUGGUUACGAACCUCCAAAGCAGUAAGAUGACCUUGGAAGACCAACUGAAUAGAGAGGUCCAGAAGCAGAGCUUGCUCUCUCACACGGCCCAGGACUCUCGGGCCUUGUGGGAGGAGGAGCUAAAAGGCCGCUCUAAGUUGGGAGUACGAUUGGCAGAACUUGAAAAGGAAAAAGGAGAACUGAACAGCCAGAUGGAGAUCGAAAAGAAGAAAGCCAAGAAAAUAGCAGAGCAGAAGAAAGCUGUUGAUACUCGUCUGGAUCAGGAGAUAAAGAGAAACACAGAGCUUCAAAAAGAAAUGUACAGGCUGCGAGCCUUAUUGAAGACUGCAAAAAAGAAAAUGCGAGAUCAAGACGCUGGUGGUGCUGAGUUUGGCUCUCCUAUGAGCAGCAUGCGGAUGGAUCUGGGCAGACACACUGAGGGGCACUUUGGGCGAAUGAAAGACAGGGUGGACGAUUUGCAGGUGCAGUUGGAGAAGGAAGCAUCUCUUCGCAGACAGCUAGAGAAGGUGAAUGAGGAGCUCAAGGAUCAGGUGACUUCCUUGAAGAGCAUGAGCCACAGUAAUGAUUUGCUUGAGAGGAGUAAGAGGCAGUUGGAGGAAGAGGUACUGGACCUAAGACGCCGAAUGGAGACUGCUCAGGUUGAGCAGAGCCACGUGGAGCAGUACCGGCGCGAUGCAGAGGAAAGAGCUCGGCAGGAAAUACAACAGAAGCUGGAGCAGGUUAACCUGUUCCUCCAGUCUCAGGCUGCAUCACAAGAAGCACUAGACCAGAUUAAAGCUGCCAAUGAAGCUAGCCUGCGCUCUCAGCUGGAGCAGCGAAUCCGGGAGCUGGAGGGGGAAUUGGGCCGGGCCCGCACUUCCCAGCAGGAGAGCGUUAACCAACGAGAGUCCACACGCACAGAGCUUGAGAGAUACCGCCAACUAUAUACAGAAGAACUGCACCUACGCAAGUCUCUGGCUGCUAAAUUAGAGAGGGCCAACAGUCGGCUCGCAGAAGCCAAUUCCAAGUUGCUCAAUGAGCGCAGCAGGUCACUUAUCACAAAUGGCAGCCUUGGAGCGCCAUCUCUUGACUUUAGCUCUUUGGCUUCACCAGCCAACUUUGGAGCCUCACUUGGGCCACUCAACAGGAAUCUUGGUCUGGGACUCUCUCUCCUCAACCCUGUGACUGAGGGACAGAACAGCAGGGUGGAGGACUACUUAGCCAAGAUGCAGAGUGAGUUGGAUAGAAGCAUAACAAGGGAAUUAAACAAUGCCACAGCAGACCUGGAUGUUGCCUCCGCCCGUAUGUCACCUGUGGGAUCUGCCAGAAAGGAGUUGGACCCAGUUAGCAGAGCAACGCAACAGUACUUGGAGGUACUGAAGAAGAACAGUAUGAUUUGACCGUUAUCUCGUUUCAAUCAGACACCACCUUUCAGCCAAUAAAAACACCUGAAUGUUGUUAAUCUGUUCUCAGUCCGCUUUUAUAGAAACAUAAAUAAUGCACAUUGCACUUAACACCUCAGGAUCAAAGGACGAGUCAUAUAUGUGAUAAGAUUUACAUAUCUUGAAGCAUGAAAAGUAUUUGAAACACAGUUUAGAUUUUGUUAUUUUGUUUGUGCAUAUUUUGGCAUUCAUAAGUGUGUAUUUGCAAAUGUGUUUGUAAGCAUGAUUAAGAUAUUUGCCAUGAUAUUACAUUUUUGGUACAUGCCAUCAAAUGGUGCAAUAUCUCUCUUAUUUUAGUGCUGUGUUUACUUUAUUUAUUCUUUUUUUUUUUUUUUUUAUGAACACGUUAUACUUGAACAAGACGAGCUGGAAUACUCUCCGGCUAUAGAAACAGGGUCACUACACUUCAGCUUUUCGUUGGCUUGUUUUUAAAGGUCACUAAGAGUAAGCUUUUUCCCAUUACUUGUAUAUGCUGUAACAAAGAUGGAAUAACUAAUGUAUAGAGAUCAUAUUCUGUCUAAAGAUGUUCACGCAAUAUUUUGUAAUUGGAUCAACUCUGUAGUAUUUUUGUGAACUAUAAUUAAAAAUCUUCCCAAUUUA